GCUUACCAUAGGCUAUCACCCCCAUUAAAUAUCGAACAUCGUGGUUAUCUUAGUUAAGAACUGGGAAUUGAUACUUCUAGAUUCCAAUUGAACAUUUUCAACUCCUCAAACUCCUCAAACCUCCACCAUGGUCGCCAACAAAGGUCUCAUCUUCAAGCAGGUCCCGCAGGGCUACCCUGUCCCAGGCCAGGAUCUGGUCGUUGAAUCCCGCGAGUUCAACCCCGACACCCCACCGGCCGGUGGCCUCUCGGUCAAGAACCACUACCUCUCCUUCGACCCGUACCAGCGCGGGCGCAUGCGAGCCCCCGAUAUCAAAAGCUACUCCGCACCAUUCAAGCUGAACGAGCCCAUCACCAACCGCGGAAUCAGCACCGUGCUGAAGAGCGACAACCCGAACUUCAAGGCGGGGGAUGUCAUUGUGAGCACGGACAGCUGCCCGACGGCCGAAUAUGGGUAUCUGGAUAAGGAGGUCACAGAGCGGGCGCACGUACUAGACAAUCCGUAUAAGCUCGACCCGAAGGUUUUCAUUGGCGCGCUGGGAAUGCCUGGGUUGACCGCCUAUUCAUCCUUCUACGACAUCGGGAAGCCGAAGAAGGGGGAGACGAUCUUCAUCUCGGCGGCGUCGGGAGCGGUGGGGCAGCUGGUCGGGCAAUUGGCCAAGCAUGAGGGACUUAAGGUCAUUGGGAGCGUUGGUGAUGACAAGAAGCUUGACUUCAUCCUCAAGGAUCUAGGAUUCGAUUCGGGAUUCAAUUAUAAGAAGGAGAAGCCUGCAGCAGCGCUUGCGCGACUUGCGCCGGACGGCAUAGACAUUUACUACGAGAAUGUCGGCGGCGAGCAGCUCGAAGCAGCAAUCGAUGCGAUGAAAGCCUUUGGGAGAAUCGUUGCCUGUGGCAUGAUCAGCCAAUACAACCUGCUCCCCACUGCCGAGAACCCCACCCCGGCCUACCCCAUCCGCAACCUCAUGCUGAUCGUCGCCAGGCGCAUCACGUUCCGCGGAUUCAUCGUCGGCGACGACAACAUGGGUCCCGUGUAUGCGAAGGAGCAUCGCGAAAAUGUGAGCAAGUGGAUCGCAGACGGGAGCUUCAAGGCGCAGAUGUCUACGACUGAGGGCAUCGACGGGGCGGCGGAGGGGUUCGUGGGGAUGCUGCAGGGGAAGAACUUUGGGAAGGCGGUUUUGGAAAUUAGCCCGCUCAAGACGUCGUAGAUCGCGAAGGUGUGAUGAACGAAGAAAACCUACUGGUUGCUGUGUGUCCCUUCACUCAGGUAUUAACGAAAACUUCAUUAUGAUGGUCAUCUAUAACGAACCGGAUGAUAAAAUCAAUAAAUCAUGGCAAUUACGAACUCCAUUCAUCAUUGCCUGCCAUGAGUCUAGAA